AUGAUAGUUAUUUUACUUCUUAUUUCUUUUAUUUUUUCUUUUGCUUAUGCAAAUACUGGACUUGACAUUCAUUUAUUUGAUGUUGGACAAGCAGAUGCUCAGUUAAUAGUUUUUCCAUCAGGAUAUUCAAUUUUAGUUGAUGCUGGAGAGAAGAAGACAGGAUCAAUGAAUUGUAAAAUGAUUGCUGAAAGAAUUAAAGCAAUUCUUGGAAAAAGUCAUGUUGAUGUAGCUGUAUUAACACACCUUCAUUUAGAUCAUGUAGGAAUGCCUUAUAAAAAUGGAUUUUGGUAUUUAAUGGAAAAAGCAGGAAUUACUUUUGGUAAAUUUAUUGAUAGAGAUGCAGGUGUAGUUAAGAAUGGAUUUACUGCAUGUACAACUGCUGUUUCAGAAAAUAUUGAAUGGCAUAAUGUUGGAACUUAUUCUUCCACUGCUAUUAAAUGGUUAUGUUAUGCUACUAAUAAACAACUUCAAAAUAAUAUUACUGGUAUUAGAGAAAUUGCAGUUCCAUGUAGUAAUCAAAUUAAUCCUCCAGAUGAAGGUGCUUCAGUAGAAAUUGUAAUUAGUGAUGCUCUUGGAGUUAUUUCUGAUGGAAAGCCAUUAGCUGCUGAUUAUCAUGAUCAAAAGAAUGUUCCAAGUGAAAAUGAUUAUUCUAUUUCUUUAAGAAUUCAAUUGGGAGAUUUUGUUUAUUCUACUUCUGGUGAUUUAGAUGGACAAGACAGUGGCUCUAGAUUUGGUUAUCUUUAUCAUAAUAUAGAGUCUUUAUAUAAAGAUGUUGUUGGAGAAGUAGAUUUAUAUAAGGCUAAUCAUCAUGGAUCAGAACAUUCUAAUAAUGCUGAAUGGUUAGGAGUUCUUAAACCAACUGUUUCAUUAAUUUCAUGUGGUCAUGGUAAUCUUUAUAAACAUCCAACUGAACCAGCUGUUUCUUUAAUGAAUAAAUAUUCAAAAAAGAUUUAUCUAACUGAAGACUGUAAUGCUGCAGUUACUGAUAAAUUUGAUAAAAUUGUAAUUGUUGGUAGUGAAAUAAUUGUUCAUUACCAACCAAAAAGUUCAUCUUUUACUGUUUCUAAUAUUGGUAAUACUUUCAAACAUUCAUAUAAUGUGAAGAAAAAUAAACCACAAAGAAAAGCAUGUGGUGUUAUUUAAAUUC